GCUCGUGUACGAGCGGCGGAGGCAGUUGCAGUAUGCAGGAGCCCCGGGGGGGAGGAGGAGCCCGGUGAUGAGGGCCCCCGGGGGCCACACGGAGGCGUGGGCACACAGGACGAUCCAGACCCCCGGGGGCGAUAUGAAGAUACCCGGGAGCAAGAUACACUUAUAUGGCCUAGUCCUCAGAAGCCAUCUCCUGGUCUGGCCCAGCAGGACUUCAAUCAUAUCCAGGUAUUCAAAGAGCCAAAUCGGGAUGAACUGCAGCCAAAUCUAGACCAGGGCCCCCAGGAGUCAUACAGCAUCCAAGACCCCACAGGAAUAUGUAUCCAGGGAUUCCCAAGAGCCAAACGGUGUCCGAAAACUACUGUGGGACCUGCCAUACCAAGGACCAUCAGGAGCCAUGUAUUGUCCUGCACUUCCAGGACGCAAUAUGUAUCCAGGGAAACAAGUCAUAUCCAGGUCCAACAAGAUCUUACUCUGAGUUCCCCUCGAGUCAACUUAUCACAGUUAUCAUAAUUCAACAGUUGAUGUGAAAAUCCAAUCCAACGACAGAUCCUCUAGAGCACCAUCUAAAAGCAACUGAAAGUAAACCAGUACUUUAUAGGUUUUUGUCCACAGAUAUCUCACCAAGACCUGAUUCUUCAAGAGCCAACCUCAUAGCUUGUGUCCCUCACGAGUUCUCUCACGAUCAAGACUCUCAUAUAUUACAUUACAGAUCCUAUAGGGACUACGCCCCUUUUGGGGUCCUCAGCAUCCAUCUGUCCUCAUGUGCCCUCAAGAGCCCUCUCAUAAUAUACCUCGAUUUUCAGAUUUCUCUACAGAAUACAGCUGGUACUCUUGAAUGUCCCUCUCAUAGUCUACAGGAGCCACUGGAUGAAGAUGACUUUUCCACUUUUGGUAGAUCCCUCUCUCAGCUCUGGGGCUGCAAGAUCACGAUGAGGAGGCUGAUUCUGGGGAGAGAGUAUCAGGACCACCUAGUCCUGAGGCCAGGGGAUAUUUUCGGAGCUGUCACUGCAGAACAUCUUCUUGGGCUUGGGCUCCGGAGAAGAGGUGUCAACAUGACUGAAGGUGGUGCCAGUACCCAGUUCUGAACAUGUGCUGAGAUUGUUGGAAGACAGGGUUGCAAAAUCAAAGCACUCAGAGCAAAGACAAACACAUACAUUAAGACCCCUAUGCGUGGAGAAGAACCUAUGUUUAUUGUGACUGGAAGGAAAGAGGAUGUGGAAAUGGCCAAACGAGAGAUUCUUGCAGCCGCUGAACACUUUUCUAUUAUAAGAGCCACCCGUAAUAAAGCCAGUGGGCUUCCAGGAGUUACCCAGGGACCCCCCAACUUGCCAGGUCAAACUACCAUUCAGGUCCGUGUUCCAUACCGAGUCGUAGGAUUGGUGGUGGGACCUAAAGGAGCUACUAUCAAGAGAAUCCAGCAAAGUACCCACACCUACAUUGUAACACCUAGCCGGGAUAAAGAACCAAUUUUUGAGGUUACUGGAAUGCCUGAGAAUGUGGACCGGGCACGGGAAGAAAUAGAGGCUCAUAUCACAGUUAGAACAGGGUCUCUAGUGGACAUCCGUACAGACAAUGAUUUCCACUCCAAUGGCACUGAUGUUUGUAUGGACCUUCAGGGUGGAGUUACACCCAGCCUGUGGACCAAGGUGCUAGCUCCAAGACGUGGAUCUGGGGGUACAAGAAGUGAGAGCUUAGGUAGUUCAUCUGUAGAGAGUCCAUACUAUAACAGGGAACAAAGCCCAGUCAGCCCCUUUGGGCCAGCUCCUGGAGGUGGCUUUGCACUUGGAGGAGAUCCCCACAAUGUACCACCUACCAUGGGUACAGAGGACUGUGAAUUUGGCUUUGAUUUUUUGGCACUAGAUCUGAAUGCACCCACUGCCGUUUGGUCACCCUAUGAGACCCACACUGGACAGUUGCAGACCUUCACUGGAUGCCCACCACAGAGGAGGAACAGCGCUCUGAGUGGUAGUGCCACACCACGGCUGUCUCCCACUCUGCCAGAGGCUAGUGUAGGCCUGGAACACCCACUAGCACGCCGUAUACACAGUGACCCUAUUAAUGGUCUUUCCUGGCUGCCAACCCAGGGCUCUCUAUCCUCCUUUACCAGCAGCACAGGCUAUUCAUCGUCUUCCUCUCUUCCUGGCAGCUCUUCUGUGGCAUCAGGCUCACCCACAGAUUCUUGUAGUUCAGAGGGUCAGCGCAAGACUGGACGGGAGUGUGUGGUAUGCUUUGAAAGUGAGGUUAUUGCAGCUCUGGUGCCCUGUGGGCACAACCUCUUUUGCAUGGAAUGUGCCAUUCGGAUUUGUGAGCGGGUACUGCCAGAGUGUCCAGCCUGUCAUGCCCCAGCUACCCAGGCCAUCCGCAUCUUUUCCUAGCCACAAACACUAGUACCAGAAAAACGGGGGCAGCUUUGCCCGACCCCUCAAAGAUUCUGGGUUCCACCUUAAUUUUAAUUGUAUAAUGUUUUUAAAGCAACUUUAUUUUAAUUAAUAUUUAACUCGUCAAGGGUGGCAACAUACACCUCCAACAAGGAUUACAUAAUGGAUGAGACAUGGGGAGAUAAUUCCUGUGUUAGUGUAUGAUAACCAGUAAACUUACAAGGGUAAUGUGAUUGCUUCAGAUGUUUACAGAACAUUUUUUCCCCCUCUUCCCACCCUCCUUAUUUUUUUUUAUUUUUUAAAUAUACUGAAAGAUCAUAAAUGGUUCACACUCCACUUCCAAUUUUAAUCUCAAGCAGUAUUCCAUUUUAAAGAGGAUUAAAUAAACUGUAAGAAAUAAGA